UCAUAUUCAUAUAUAUAUGAAUAUGAAUGCUGCUAAUUAACAUUCAUGUUCAAGAUUUUAUAUAAACAUGUUUCCUUUCUGUAGGAUAUUGCAGGUCAUAUGGUAAUUACACAUUUUACUUUGAGAAACUGCCAAACUUUUCCAAAGGACCCUCACUACUUUCCAUUCCCACAAGCUGUGUACAGGGGUUCAGAUUUCUCCACAACCUCCCCAACACUUGUUUUUGUCUCGUUUUCAUUACAGCCACCCUGUGGAUCUAAACCAGUAUCUAUCUCACUGUAGUUUCAAUAUUUAUUUCCACAUGCUUACUGUUCGUUUGUAUAUCUUUAGUGAAAUAUCCAAAUUCCUUGUCCAUUUUAAAACUGGAUUGUCUUAAUUGUUGAGUUGUGAAAGUUGAUUCCAGUACAAAUCCCUUUUCUCCCAUUCUUUGGGUUGUCUUUAUACCCACUUGUUGGAAUCAUUUACAGCACAAAGGUUUUCAUUUUGAAAACUUUUGUAGUUUAUCCAGCUUGUGCUUUUGGCAUCCUAAGAAACAGUUGCCUGGCCCAAUAUGAUGAAGAGUUGCUCCUGUUUUUUGUUUGUUUGCUUGGUUGGUUGGUUUUGGUUUUUGUUGUUUGCUUUUUUUGAGUCUUCUGUCACACAGGCUGGAGUGCAGUGGUGCGCUCACUGCAACCUCCACCUCCCAGGUUCAAGUGAUUCUCCUGCCUCAGCCUCCAGAGUAGCUGGGAUUACAGGUGUGAGCCGCCUCCUGUUUUUUCAUAAGAGUUUUAUAUUCUAGUUAAUGCAUUUUCAGUUAAUGUGUGCCCCUGUUACUGGUGGAAGGCAUCUGAGUCACAUGGCACCAAAAUAUGUUAGUAAGGGCAAAUCUAUACAGGUUGCAGCAACCUCAAUUCUUACCUCCUCAGAAGAAAGAAUUCUACUGAGGGGCAUAAGGCAUAAAGAGAGACUGAGGCAAGUUUUAGAGCAGAAGUAAAAGUUUAUUAAAAAGCUCUACAGCAGAAAUGAAAGGAAGGAAAGUAUACUUGGAAGAGAGCCAAGCCGGUGACCUUAAAGACAAGUGCCUAGUUUGACCUUUUGACCUGGGGUCUUAUACACUGCCAUACUUCUGGGGUCUUGCAUCCCUUCUGCCCUGAUUGUUCCCGUGGGGGGCCUGUCCGCAUGGGCAGUGGCCUGCCAACAUUUGGGUGGGGAGCAUGCACACUGUGUUUACUGGAGUUGUGCCCAUGCUCACCAGAGGCAUUCUUCCCUUACCAUUCCAAUGUCCUUGCAAGGUCAUAUGCCAGUUGAACUCCGAAACUGGCCUCGUAGUAUAUAUGCAUGAGCCCACUUGCCCAACUCCUGAGAUCUUAUCUAGAAGCUGAUCAGCAGUUUCAGGUUUUCUCUAUCUACUGGGAGGCUGCCUUUCAAUUAUUUCAAUUAUUAUUUUAAAGGGAACAUAACCACCUGAUGGUUGCCUAAUGUUCCUUGUUGGAAGCGUGGUCCUCUCCUGCCCUGUUCGAGUCUGACUAGCUACGUGCUGUCACCCCUUCCCUUUUAAGGACUUUUCUGGAAUAUUACCUGUGCCACCCUGCUUGCUUUAGUCGCCAGAACUUAGUUACUGGCCAUCCCUGUGAUCUGUAUAGGAGAUUAUGUGUAUUUCAGGCGUUGGGUGUCAUGUGUAGCUGGUGGCAUGCCUGUCCAGCCUGAACAAGCAGGACUCUUGCUUCGUUUUGCAGGGAGCUGCUUCUUGUCCGAGGUCAUCCCAGGGGUCUGGCGGAGGCCUUUAGUGCGCAGGGCCGCCGUCUGCGGGCGCGUUAAUCACGCCUCUCCUGGAUCUACCCCAAGGAGAACUGUCCCGAUGGCCUGGUGGGCCUUUCCCGCCGCGGAAUUUGGCUCUUCGCUGUUUCCCUUUGGGGAAGCGAAAGAAACAGUGCCCCUCGCGGCCUCUGCAUUUCUCCCGCGUUGCCGUCGGCUACUCACUCUGCGCGCUGCGGCCCUCGCCCGGAGCCGUCCCUCCCGAGGGCGGUAACUCCGAGGGCAACGGCCACGGGUGGCACUGCGGUGGCGAUGGCGGCGACCCCUGCAACGGCAGCCGAAGGACCCCCACAGCCGCAGCCGCACGCCCCGGAGCCCGGCCCGGGGAGCACAAAGCGAGGGGGAGAGGACAGCAGAGCUGGUCGCCUCUCAUUCUGUACAAAGGUGUGCUAUGGCAUUGGUGGAGUCCCCAACCAGAUAGCCUCCAGUGCCACAGCCUUUUACCUGCAGCUCUUCCUGCUUGAUAUAGCACAGAUCCCUGCCGCCCAGGUGUCACUUGUUCUGUUUGGGGGAAAAGUAUCUGGGGCGGCUGCUGAUCCUGUGGCUGGGUUCUUCAUCAAUAGAAGCAGGAGGACAGGGUCUGGACGGCUCAUGCCUUGGGUGCUGGGCUGCACCCCCUUCAUCGCCCUGGCCUACUUCUUCCUGUGGUUCCUGCCCCCCUUCACCAGCCUGCGAGGCCUCUGGUACAUGAUCUGCUACUGCCUGUUCCAGGCCCUGGCCACGUUCUUCCAGGUGCCCUACACAGCGCUCACCAUGCUGCUAACCCCCUGCCCAAGGGAGCGGGACUCAGCCACUGCCUACCGGAUGACCGUGGAGAUGGCGGGAACACUGAUGGGGGCCACCGUCCACGGGCUCAUUGUGUCUGGUGCUCACAGACCCCACAGGUGUGAGGCCACUGUGACCCCGGGGCCGGUCACUGUCUCCGCCAGUGCAGCCCAUCUCUACUGCAUUGCAGCUGCUGUGGUUGCAGCAACUUACCCCGUGUGCAGCGGUUUACUGUGCCUAGGGGUGAAGGAGCGGCCAGACCCCUCUGCUCCAGCCUCAGGCCCAGGCUUGAGCUUCCUGGCUGGGCUGGGUCUCACUACCCGGCAUCCCCCCUACCUGAAGCUGGUGGUCUCCUUCCUGUUCAUCUCUGCUGCUGUUCAGGUGGAGCAGAGCUACCUGGUCCUGUUCUGUACACAUGCCUCCCAGCUACACGACCACGCCCAGGGCCUGGUGCUAACUGUCCUGGUCUCGGCUGUGCUGAGCACCCCGCUGUGGGAGUGGGUUCUCCAGCACUUUGGGAAGACAACAUCAGCCUUCGGGAUCUUUGUGAUGGUGCCAUUUGCGAUCUUGCUGGCCGCUGUGCCCACAGCACCUGUGGCUUAUGUCGUGGCCUUUGUAUCUGGCGUGAGCAUUGCUGUGUCCUUGCUGCUACCCUGGUCCAUGCUGCCAGACGUGGUGGAUAACUUUCAGCUGCGGCACCGCUAUGGGCCAGGCCUGGAGACCAUCUUCUACUCCUCCUAUGUCUUCUUUACCAAGCUGUCCGGCGCGUGUGCCCUGGGCAUCUCCACCCUCAGUCUGCAGUUCUCGGGGUACAAGGCAGGGGCCUGCAAGCAGGCGGAGGAGGUGGUGGUCACCCUCAAGGUCCUCAUCGGUGCCGUGCCCACCUGCAUGAUCCUCACUGGGCUCUGCAUCCUCAUGGUUGGUUCCACUCCAAAGACGCCCAGCCAGGAUGCCUCCCGCCGGCUGAGCCUUCGGAGGAGGACCAGCUACAGCCUGGCUUAAAGCUUGGGAGAGCCACUGUGAAUGGAUACAGGAGCCAGCAUCCUCAGGGCCUGACGUUACCCUCCUCAGCCCUUCGGCACCCAGCCUGGCAGUUUAGCAUGCGGCCUUUUUUUCCCCUGGAAUGUGGAGUCUUCGGCGAUUUGUUCUGACUGGACCAGCCUAUGCUCCGGGACCCCCACUUGGCAUUUCUUGUCUGCUGCAGUCAGACCAUCUCAGAUAGGCCUGUGCCCCUGACUAGCCCCACAGCACCUGUCUCUGGAAAAAGGAAGCCCCUGCCCAACCUGGCUCGUGGACCCUGUGGGAGCCCCAGGCCCAACAACCUGCGUGGAUGGCAAAGCUCCCCAACAGGACACACACAGGACUCUCGUUUGUCCCAAGGCUCCAGUAGACAUCUGUUGAGGACACAGAGAGGUGAGAGACCAUGUGGAUGGGCAGAGUGGGGACAUGCCGGAGAUGUACGAUUAGGGAGACACAGACAGACUGAGGGAGGCCGGCGGGCCCCAGGGAGACCGAGACAGCAGUGCGGGGGGACUGAGCAGGGCCGGGUGCUGAGGUGCUCCUCAAGCCUCUUCACGUUGCCAUCCAUUAAUGUGACUCUUUCUGUCAGGAUCAGAAAUGGCUAUCGAGCCAGCAAAGAUCCAUCAUUUUUACAAAUAAAAGCUAUUUGUGUAGAAAGAUUGUUCUGAAAUUUUAUCUUUAAGAGCACAGGAACUACAGUGUUUUAGGGGCCACAUCUUUGGGGAAGAAAGAUCCACUGAGGUUUAUUUUUUUCAAAAACAAAUUCAGGGGUUGAUCUGCUAUUGAGUCUGUGCAAUGUGACCGUGGACCACCCUCUCCUAUCUGGAAUCCCCAGAGAAGGGAAAGGGGAGAAAGCGUGAUGCCCUUGAACCUGGCUGCUCCCCCAACCACACACCCCUGACUUGCAUGUCCUUAGACCAGUGACACCAUGUGGGAGGGGGCAGGUUCCUCCUUCCCUUUAGAGGAGACAAAAAGUUGAGGCUCUAGAGUGGCUUGAAGAGCAGGCCACCAAGGUGGCUCAUGGGGGCUGGGGGAAGGGCUGGGGAACUUGAUGCUCCAACAACUCCUGCCUGGAGAAGUCUGGCACCCAAACAGGGGACCUGGAGGUGCAGACUUGCCCCUACAUUUCUCCCCAGCCCCCAGCCUUUCCUCCUCCAUGGAGUCAGCUCUCCUGAGCCCAUGUCCCACAGCUAGGCCCCCCUCCACUCUUGAGAUCUUCAGCUGUCUCUUGGGAGCAAUCCCCCUGAGGCCUAGAACUUAGGUUUGUCCUUAGAUAUGACACAGUCCUCAGAGCUGAAAGCAUCUCACUGCCUCCACAAACACUUCGGCAGAAGGAACCUGACCUCACCCGAAGCUUGUGGGGUCUGACCUGGUCUUUCUGAUGCCUCAACUCUCUGGCCCUUGUGACACUGGCAUGAGUGUCUGGUUCCUGAGGUUACAAGGCACCAGAGAAAGAGCUGGGCUCAGUUUCUCUGCAUUGCCCCUUCUGACAGGAAGCUCUGCCUUCCCCUACUCGGUAUGGAUACAGACACACACACGCGCGCACACACACAAGCAAGCACACAUGCAAGCUACUGAAAACAGGAGAGAACAGUUUAGUAAUACCGGGAUAUCAUGGGUCAUGUGGAGACAGUACCCAGUAAGACAGAAGGCAAUGUAGUUUCCACCAUGUUAUCGUUUUAUGUCAUGCUUGUAUUUUUGGUAGAGAUGGGAUUUCACCAUGUUGGCCAGGCUAAUCUGGAACUGAUCUGACCUUGGGUGAUCCGCCUUCCUCAGCCUCCCAAAAUGCUGGAUUACAGGCGUGAGCCACUGCGCCUGUUUAUGGCUAUAGAUCCUCAGUGCCCAGAAGUAAAUGUACAAUAUGAAAAUCUGCUGAAUGAACGAGCAAAUGUUCCUCUUCCCUUCAUCCUACAACAACCACCA